GACUCGUAAGUGCAUAUUUAUCAUUCAUCAUUGAAAACGUAUUGGACUUACUGUUUGGGUUUUUCUUGUAUUUUACUUCUAUUACUUUGUAUCGCCUUGCCAUUGACGUUGCAUCGACUAAUCACCAUUACACACACUUCGACCUAUUGUGACGACAUUCGUGUACCUACUCCAUUCACUGUCUGACUUAUUGUUGACCCGUCAUACCUUCCAACAGCAAUGCCCGUUAAAGAAUUCAACACCCCCUACCCUGUCAUCGAUACCGAUCCUCACUUUGGUCGCGUCGUUCGCUACUUUAGAACUUCCGAUUACGCCACAUGGGCCGGUCUGACUGCCGCUGGUCCCGCCAUUUUGCUCGGCAUGGAAAAAAUGAAUCCUGUUGCUGGCGGUCGUCAUUUGCGUAUUCCUCUUCGAAUUGCCACUGCUGUCACCGCUUUUGGUGGUUUCUUGUAUGCCUAUCAACGAAGCAGCUUCCGUUUCUACGGUUGGGAAGAAAAUGCCGCAGAAGUUGAGAAGGAUAAGGCUGAGAUGAGCCAACGCCUCAAGGAGGGCAAAUCUUUAUACGGCGACAGCUUGAUGCCUGAACACACUUUGAACGACUCGGCCAGAAACUCUCGAUUCGCGCAAUUGAAGUUUGCUGCCAUUCCUUGGUUCAACUUUGCCAACCAUAACAACCAUGGUGUUGAUACCUCCAAAUACUCAGAGUCGUCUUAAACGCGAAACACUGCAUAAUAAAACUGGUAAAAAAUUAUACAAUUUUGUGACAUAGAAACAAACUGGUUUUUUUUAUUGCCCGUCCGUGCUUCAACAAACUGGCCAAAUGGUUUUGAUUGAGUGUGAGAUGAAUAAAAGGGUCGGCAAACAGAUAGGUGGUACCGUGACAAGUAAAGCGGGGAGCUUUGCCGAUUCGUGUUGUUUGAGUAAGAUCAUGGAAAC